GGAAGAGGGUUUCUGUUUAUCAGAGCAAGUGUUAAAAUAUUUUGUCUGUAUCAUAGUAGUGCUUGAUUUAUGACAUACGUUCAUUUGGAAAUUAGAAGUUUCUACUAACCUUCUAUUAUCAGACCUGUAGCUUGAUACACUGAGAAAGAAGUUCGAGAAAACAUGGCAGCUGCCACAACAGAAACGGAUCACGUGAAGAUCGUAUUGCUGGGGAGGAAAAAGUUCCUCUGGAAAUACUAUCCUGAAUAAGGAGGUGUUUGGAAUCGAUGAACAAACAGAAGUCUGCGUGAUGGAAACGAACAAAAUUGCAGGCAUGGAAGUCACCGUGGUCGACACGCCAAGUUGGAACUGGGUUCCUGCAGAAGCCUCUUCAGAUGAGCUUAAGCAGGAACUCAAGCGCAGUGUUGAGAUGCUUGGUGAAGGGCCUCAUGCAUUUCUACUGGUUUAUCCAUUAGGGGCUGCGUUUCUGAAGAGACACAAAAUUGCCAUGGAAGAGCACUUGGAGCUUUUAGGUGCUGAUGUCUGGAACCACACUAUGGUCUUGUUCUCUCGGGGAGAUUGGUUAGGAGAGGUCACUAUUGAGCAACAUAUUGAAGGAGCAAAAGCAGAAUUCAAGUGGUUGCUAGAUCAGUGUAAGAAUAGGUAUCAUGUUCUCAAUAAUAAGGUGAAGACUGAUGAGAUGCAGGUCAUUGAACUCCUGGAGAAGAUCCAAAGGAUGAUUCGAGGAAAAAGAAAGAGGAGCAAGGAAAAUCCACCUCAGAUGGCUGGAGAAACUCCUGCUACAGCUGAAUAUGGAGAAACCUCAGGCACUCAGAAGAAACUUAAAUGAAUCUGAUGGGUGAUAUUAUUAUUAUUAUUAUUAUUAUUAUUAUUAUUAUAAUUUUUUUUAUGUGUCUAUACAUUGUUUUCUAUUGCAUUUAGAUUAGAGAUCGGAUUAGAGAUUAUAUAUUUUCAACAGGGUUUUUCUUUAAAAGAUUUUCUGUAAACUUAUACUGUAAGAAAUACUACAAUGUAAAUAUUCAUAGAAGACAAAGAAUGACCACGCUGGUAACACACUGAGGGUGAUGUCACACUUUCCGUGCUAGCUUAAGUUGCGGAGCAUUAUUCAGAAGUGUUACCUUUGUUUUAUGUCAACAAAAAUAUUUGUCACUUAAGAUGAGAGAUGUCAUCUACUGGAAUAAGCGUCAAUAAAUGUUUAUGUAGGUUGUUAUAAAAUCAGUGGUCAUAAAUGGUCAGUGUAGGUCUUAUUUAGCCUUAUGAACAGCACUCCUAAGUAAAAUACUACCACUUAAAUGUUAAUUUUAAUACUGUAUCAAGGUGUAGGGUGUUAAGCAGUGCAACAGCGAUCCAACUAAACCUCAUCACUGACUGUAAUUUCUGCUCAUACUGAUGAUUGUUAAACAUUUAUCCAGAAACUGUCUUUGUACAUUUAUAAUUUGCCUUUUCACAAAUUACAUUUUGCCAAUUUACUUGUAACAUGGUGACAGUUUGCCUCACAAACAAAAACUCUUGGGCAGUGUAACAGUGGUAAAUGAUGUCCACCAAGCAUUUUGGACACAAGGACAACCUCUUACAGCAAGGCAUAAAGCUAACAGAAUUAAUUUCUAAUCAAUACUUAUAUUUCACACAGUAACUGCAAUGGUUGGAAACAUAAGAAGAACAAUAUAAAGUAUUGGUACAGAUCCAGUGUAGUCUAAAGGAAAAAUCCAGUCUGAAAUAUAUUAAAUAUGUUUACAUUGAAAUAUUUGCAGCACGUUUAUCGAUUCUGGUGCUAAUCUGUUGAUUGGGUACUGUAUUUUUAUUAUUCCUGUGAGAAUUUUUUGUUUGUUUGGGGACAUUGUUAUUGCUAGUGUAGUUACAAUUGCAUUUAAUAGGACAUAAAAUGGAAACGAGCUCAAACAUAAGGGAUUACAUGACUACCUAAUAGUAUUGGUUAUGAUGGCAUGUUUUCUUAAGUGAUGGCAUGUCUAUGUUUUCUUUUCUUUUUUCUUUUAAUUUUACAAUUAUUAGUAUUUUAAGGUAUGCAGAAGUUGAGACAGAAUCUGCCUUUUUCCCUAUGUAUCUCUAUUUAUCUGUCUGAGGCUUCAGAAUUGUACAGUAUAAAUAACUGUAUACACUACAUGGUCAAAAGUUUGUGGACACCUGACCAUCACACAUGUGGUUCUUCCCCAAAAUGUUGCCACAAAGUUGGAAGCACACAAUUGUCUAGAAUGCCGUAGUAUUGAGCUUUCCCUGCAACUAAUAGGACAAAACCUGUUCCAGCAUGAAAAUGUCCCUGUGUACAAAGCGAGCUCCAGGAAGACAUAGUGUGCCAAGGUUGGACUGGAAGAACCUGAAUGGCCUGCACAGGGUCCUGACUUCAACUGGAAAGUUACGCACCAGGUCUCACUAAUGUUCUUGUAGAUGAAUGAGCACAAAUCCCCAUAGCCACGCUCCAGAAUCUAGUGGAAAUCCCUCCCAGAAGAGUGGAGGCUGUUACAGCAGCAAAAGGGGACCAACUCCAUAUUAAUGCCUAUGGUGUUGGAAUGAGAUGUUCAGCAAGCACAUAUGGGUGUGAUGGUCAGGUAUCCACAUACUUUUGGCUAUACAGAGUAUAUAAAAAUUAGCAUGUGUGCCAUAAAAUUCUGAAUUUCUACUUGAACUUACAAACUGUGUAUAAAGAUCCUGUUUGUCCACUGUAUAAAAUAUUUGGGUAACACUUUAUUUUACAGUAUAACAAGUACCUAGUAUUUAAUAAGUACUGAUGGGAUGGAGCUUGUACAGCAGUACUAAAUACUGAUAAUCUAGAAUUUACAAAUAGGAAUUGCUGCUUACUUUGGAAGUUGUUGAGUAAGUAAGUACAUGGUAUCUAACGUGAAAAUGAAAAUCAGGUAAACUGCCCAAAAGUGACAUAAUAGUGGAAAAAUUCUACCACACUGUUUUACUGUAUAAAGGCAUAUGUGACUGAAACGAGUAGGUAAGAAAGGAAUAAAGAAACACACUUUGGUGUGUGCUGUUAGGAAAAUAAUCAACGUUGUGGUGGUGUGAUGAAGCCCAACGUGAAGCAGAGUUACUGUUACCCGAAAUGCAUCCCAGAAUAUUUUAUUCCUCUUCUACCACAGCAAUUUCCCAUUGAUUAAAUUUUUCAUUAAUUAAACAAUUACAUAUCAUACUUUUUAUCUGUUUAUAGUUACAAUUUCUUAUAGUAGUACUUCUGUUUUUCAACCUGCAAAGUCUGCACCAAGUCCCACUGGGAAGACACUACCAAGCAUCGCUUACAAAUGCUCCACAUUUACUUGAUAAAUAUUAGGUAAAAUAAAGUGCUAGCUAGAUUAAAGACUGACAUCUAUAUGGAUCUAAAGGAUCAUAAAUAUCCAGCAAAUGGAUCACUUUCCCUGCACCUUUGUUGUUCUGUGUUGUUUUAAUUUGAUCUAUAUUUUUAGUUUAAAUCCAUGCAGUAUUUUUUUUUCUUUUUUUAUCUUGUUCUGCACCUAAACAUUUCAUAAAGCUACAUCAUGUACUGCUACAUCUUCAUGUUAAAGUGAUAUGUAUUGUGUUCAAGUACAAAAUGACACUGCCGUGUCAUUCUCAUUAGUGUAUAAAAAGUGUUAAAAUAAAAAGUGUUAUUGAAA